GUCACUGCUCAGAUCACUCAUCUUUUUUUUUUUUUUACAAUCGAACAUGAAUUUACAAGAAGCAGCUAUAAAAGAUGAACUCGAAUUUUUUGCAAAAACAUCAUGCACAUCAGAGCUGAUAUCUGUUUUAAUGCAAAAGGAUGCUUCCUCUCAUUACUCUAUUCAGAUUGAUUCACUGAGCCUUUUUGAGCAUAAUAUUGUUUUUGCUCAUUAUUUUUUCCAAAACCCAAGAAAAGCACUGAAGAUUCUAGAUGAUGCAUUUAAAAGUGUUUCCAUUGAUUUAACAAGAAGUCAUUCUCUAAAAGCAGAAAUGAUUUUUAAGGAAAAUUUACAUGUCCGAUUAGUAGCAUUGCCACAUCUUCCUGAAAUUCAUAAAUCUGUCCUUCCAAAGUGCUCUGAAGUUGGAUUAUUUAUGUGUAUAACUGGAACUGUCAUUCGCUCAUCUGUUGUAAAAAUGCUUCAGUAUAGAAAAAUUUGGAGAUGUGGCAAGUGUAAAUUUCAAUUCAACAUUGAUGCUGAAGUUGAUCUCGGAUAUAUAUUUGAGAAACCUUGCCAUUGUCCAAAUCCAGUCGAUUGUAAUGGGAAAAAUUUUACACUCCUAUCAUCAGAUAUUAACACUGCAUUUUGCAAAGAUUACCAAGAAAUUAAAAUACAAGAGCAAGUUUAUAACCUGGGAAUAGGAACUGUGCCUAGAUCUAUGUGGGUUAUACUUGAAGAUGAUUUGGUAGAGACUUGUUUCCCAGGCAAUGAUGUAUGCAUAAGUGGAGUAUUGAUUCAGAGAUGGAAGCCUUUAAUUCCUGGACGUCCUAUUGAUAUUGAUCUUGUUCUUCUUGCUCAUAAUGUUGAAGUAAAAAAUAAAAUGUCUUGUGACAUAAUAUCAAAAAAUACUGCUGUUGAGUUUGGAAAAUUCUGGUUGGAUGAGAAAACUGAACCUCUGUUUAAGCGUAAUUUCAUUUUGUCUUCCAUUUCUCCACAAGUUUUUGGAUUAUAUAUUGUGAAAUUAGCAGUUGCUCUGACUUUGGCUGGAGGAGUGCAGAAAGAAGAUGGACAUUCUAAAGUGAGAGGAGAUUCUCAUUUGUUACUUGUUGGUGACCCAGGUACUGCAAAAUCACAAUUUCUGAAAUUUGCAUCUAAAGUUUCUACAAGGGCAGUUUUAACUUCUGGCAUUGGAACAACCAAUGCUGGAUUAACCGUUUCAGCUGUAAAAGAAAGUGGAAAAUGGCAGUUGGAAGCUGGUGCUCUUGUUUUAGCUGAUGGUGGUACCUGUUGCAUUGAUGAGUUUAGCUGUAUUAAAGAACAUGAUAAAACUUGCAUUCAUGAAGCAAUGGAGCAGCAAACAAUAAGUGUUGCAAAGGCUGGGCUUGUUUGCAGUUUGAAUACUAGAUGUUCAAUCAUUGCUGCUACAAAUCCUAAGGGAAAAUAUGAUGAAGCAUUGAGUUUAUCAGAAAAUACAGCUCUUGCCAGUCCACUACUUAGUCGAUUUGAUAUUGUUCUAGUUCUUUUAGACACCUUUGAUCACAAUUGGGAUGAAAUGGUAUCAUCCUUUAUUUUGAAUGGAAGGAAUGUAAAUUCACUUAUAAAGGAGGAUGAUAUUUGGCCAAUUACAAAAAUGAAAAAUUAUUUUGCAUUGAUUCGAUAUAUCAAACCUAAAGUAACACAUCAAUGUGAAAGAAUUUUGGAAGCAUAUUAUAAACAACAGCGGAGUGCAUCUCAUAGAAAUGCUGCAAGAACAACUCCAAGACUUUUACAAAGCUUACUGCGGCUGGCUGAAGGUCAUGCAAGACUUAUGUUUCGAGAUGAAGUUCUGAUCAUAGAUGCCGUAAUGGCUAUCAUUCUCAUGGAAUCCUCCAUGCUUGGAUUUUCAGUGUUUGAAGAGUUGAGUCCUCUUCAUACUACAUUUCCUAUUGAUCCAGAUACUGAGUAUGAGGAUAGAGCAAAGACUAUUCUAGAGCUUUUGAAGCUUCAAUAUUUGAUACCAGAAAUAAGGAGUUUUGAAAAUUCGUAUACAGAGUUUAGUAUAAAAAGAUCACUACUUGAAAUUUCAUCAGUAUGGGACUCAAAAGAAGAAGCAAAUCAGUGUGAGAGUUUUGAAAUAGAAAAAUCUGAAAGCUACCAAGAAACUUUUGAACUAGAUAUUCUGCAAGAAAAUGUCUCAGCCCUUAAUUCAGUUACUCUAAAUUGUGAUGCAAGACAGGAAAACAGGUUAGUAACAUCAGAUUCAGCACAAACUGCUCAAAAUGUUUCUGAAGCUGUGAAUAAAUUUAUUGAUAAUUUAGCAUGCUCAAACUCGGAGUUUUUGCAAAAAGCUCCUUAUUGUGUGACGGCACAAGGUGAGAAUACAAUAUGUAAUGAAAAUCGUGUUAAUCAGUUUGAUGAAAUUUCAACUGUAUCCCAGUUGAAUAAAGUGUUUUCUGAAAAUACUUCACACUUUUGCCAAGACAUCCCUCGACCAUUUACAGUAGAGCAUACUGAGAACAUUAGGGAAGUUAGGAGUGGUGAAUUAUUUGAUCGUAACAAAAAUAACCAAAUAAUGAAUAAUAAAGAAAGUGUUGUAAAGGAUUUUACACAACAAAGAGAUUCUGGUGUAAAAAUGGAUACAACUGAUAUAAAUCACAACUUACCACCCACUAUGAAUUCUACUUGUCAUGAAAGUCCUGUCGCAAAGAAACAAAAGCUAGAGACCCCUUCAAGUACAAACACAAACAUAUUUAAAAAAUUUAUUUUUAUGAGGAAGAAAACUUUUGAAGUUGGUAGUGACUGGCUUGCAGACAUACCUAAUGACAAAAAAGAACCCUGCUCGGAACAAGAACUGAAACGUAAUGAAGAGAUUGUUAAAACUUCUACUUCCAGUAAAGAAUUAUGUAUAAACGAAAAAUUGUGCAAUAAUGUUGACACAAAUGCAUAUUCUGAACACACUUUUAUUAAUCUGCCCUUAGAAGGGGCAAACUCUUCAAGUACUGAAAAUUCUAGUCCUAAAUUAGUUCAAAAAGAAGUACCAUCUACAAGUGAAAGAAAUUCAUAUACUUCAAGAGAAAGAAUCAGUGAAAAAAUGAACAAAUUCAUUGAAAAAGCUUCAAACUCAAAACAAGCUGCGGCAAAUAACACUAACAAACUUUCUAGUAACAAGACUUCUGAUGGUAAUGUUAUAGAAACUGAAAAAGCUGGAACAAGUUUGGAACGUCAAAAUGAUACAAAAACCAAACAAACAAUGGCAAAAACACAGUCAUCGCAAGCAACAUUUAAGAGAAUUUUCGGUUCUGUAUGCAAAUUUGACCUUUCUGAUUUUGACUUAGAUGGACCAGUUUUAUAAAAAUGAUUUUAUUUUUAAAAUGAGCAAAUUCACAGCAUCUAUGAUUUAUUCUUAUUGAUUCAGUUAUUUCAAUUUACAUGAUUUAUUUGUGUUUACUUUUCCUUACUUGUUUUAAUGAUUAUGAAGUAAACCAUCAAAACAAGUAAUUGUUAGAUAUGAUAUAAUUUUAACAAGUAUAUGGUAAAAAAAAAGGUUUUAAAUUAAAUUGCAUUUCAGAAAGCCUCAAA